AUGACUUCACCCUCAGCAUCAACAGAAGCCCACCUCACAACAGAACACGGCGCCUGCGUGCUAACCUACAACCCACUCAACCCACUCGCCAUCAUCGACUCAGUCGGCUCCGACGAAGCGGGAGCAAAAGCUAUCUUCAUCGGCACGACGCGAAACUCGUUUAAAGGAAAAGUCGUAACGCGACUCGAGUACCAAGCGUACAGCAAACUUGCGAUUAAAACAAUGGCCGACAUCGUUCACGCCGCACGAACGUCUUCUACCUCUCAACAACCAGAGCAUAACUCACACGCCUCAUGCCUCAUCCGAUGCGUAGUCCACCACAGACUCGGACCAGUCCCCGUCGGCGAACCAUCCAUCGUCAUCGCAGUCUCCUCACCACAUCGCAAAGAAGCCUUCCGCGCAUGCGAGUUCAUCCUCGAAGAAGUCAAGCUAAAAGCUCAAAUUUGGAAGAGGGAGUUUUACGAGGGAGAGCGAGAAGAGGACGCUGAGUGGAAGGCUAACAAUGCACCUUGA